AUGGCUGCGGAGGACUCCUCAGCCAUCACCCACGAAUUGCUGUUCCCCACCACGCUUCCCGGCCUCGUUCCAUUCGUUCCCAACCCGAUCGGAACCCACGAGUUCUUCAUCCCUGAUCAGGAACAAAAGCAGAUGAUCAACCGCUACGACCAUGGAUGCCUCCACUACGCGCCAGCGACCUCCGGCAAAUACGAGCUAUUCUGGCACUUGAAGUUGCAAAAUCCCAUUCCGACUGUCAUCGUCCCGCUCAGUGCGAUCCAGCAGAACAGGGUCCUGUUCCCGAAGGAGGUUUCAACUCGCAUCAACGUCACCAAUUGGGCCGCUAUGAGCGACGAGGGUGUCAGGAAGCAGAUGUGCACCAAGUUUUCUAUCACCGUCAAGGCAAGCCGCCUCAACGAACUCCUCGGCCUGAUCGAGAAGCUUGGCAAGGCGUUUCAGAACGCAUCGCGGACAGUGCUUCUUGAGACCCAGGCGUCGGGAGAUUGGAAGCGUUUGCUCACUUACCACGAGAAGGAGAUGCUCUUUGAGGAUGGUGGGCUCGAGGUCGGCUUCGGGUAUUGGUGGAUGGCACUCAACAACGAGUACCCCUAUCCCGACAUUUGA